AUGGAAUCAAGGUUCUCGCACUUGGGAUUUCCUGUUAAUAAUUCUGCAAAUGCAUUCAAGAUUUUGGGCAGUUCUAUGCAAGUUGAAGGAAAUAGAGCUGGUUAUUAUGGUACAGAUACUGUGUUGCGACUUGAUUCCCCUGGUUCUUCAAUUCCCUCCCACAAGCCUUCCUUUAGGGGAACAAAAAGGAAGUGGGAUUUAAUUGAUAGAUCUAUUGGUCAGACUGUUGGCUCUUCCCUGUCACUUGGGCUUGGGCGUUCAACCAGUUCGUCAGACAGCAAGGGAAGUUCAGCUGUUGCUUGCACUGCUAUGUCUUCGGGCAAAGAUAUUGAGGAGGAAUCAUCUAUGGAUAUUGAACUGGACUUUACUCUUAAUCUCGGUUGUGAGAAGUUACAUAGCCUUAAGAAACCAGUUGAUUUCAAUAUGAAGACAUUGGAGUUGCAACCGAAGUUUGAUUUGGAGCUGAGCCUUUCCACCAGACCCUGCGAGUCAGAUAUUACAAGUGUUCAUCUAAACCCAUCCCCUCUUCAAUUGAAUAUGGAGACGGCAUCAGUAUUCAGUGGGGCACAACAUCCAGAUGAGGGAUCUACGUCAUGCAGUUGGAAGCCGGGGAUUGUUUUGCCACCUCUGAAGGCAUCAUUAAAUACGGAGACGAGUUUCCUCUUUAACCAGGCUCCAAAGCAGUUUGAUCAUAGUCCUAUUGUUCUGGACCACUCCUCAUCUGGACCAAAAAGUUCAGUCACCUGUGUUUCUGGGCUAACACAUCAGCAACAGCCGGCUCAUCGUCACGGCAAUUCCAAGAUAUGUCAAGUUGAGGGAUGUGGAAAGGGAGCUAGAGGUGCCUCUGGACGAUGCAUAUCUCAUGGUGGUGGUAGGAGGUGUCAGAAACCUGGCUGCCACAAGGGAGCUGAGGGUCGUACAGUGUACUGCAAGGCCCAUGGAGGUGGCAGGCGAUGUGAAUACCUUGGUUGCACAAAGAGUGCAGAAGGACGAACAGAUUUCUGUAUUGCCCAUGGUGGUGGCCGGAGAUGCAGCCAUGAUGGCUGUUCUAGAGCUGCCAGAGGGAAAUCUGGACUGUGUAUCCGGCAUGGUGGUGGCAAGAGGUGCCAGAAAGAAAAUUGCACCAAGAGUGCAGAAGGCCUGUCAGGUCUUUGCAUCUCGCAUGGUGGAGGACGUCGAUGCCAGGUUUCUGGAUGUACAAAAGGGGCACAAGGGAGCACCAUGUUUUGCAAAGCACAUGGUGGAGGAAAGCGGUGUACAGCACCAGGAUGCACUAAGGGUGCUGAGGGGAGCACCCCUUUUUGUAAGGGCCACGGUGGAGGGAAACGUUGUACAUACCAGGGUGGUGGAAUUUGCUCUAAAAGUGUUCAUGGAGGUACCAACUUCUGUGUGGCACAUGGGGGUGGAAAGAGGUGUGCUGUAGCAGGCUGCACAAAGAGUGCCAGAGGAAGGACUGAUCACUGUGUCCGCCACGGGGGAGGCAAGAGAUGCAAGUUUGAUGGGUGUGGAAAGAGUGCACAAGGAAGUACUGACUUUUGCAAGGCACAUGGGGGAGGCAAGAGAUGCUCGUGGGGCCAUCCUGGGUCAGAAUAUGCCAUCCAACCAGAUGGUCCUUGUACUUCAUUUGCAAGGGGGAAAACAGGUCUAUGUGCACUUCAUAGUGGACUAGUGCAUGAUAGAAGGGUUCAUGGAGGUCUCUCUUUGGGAUCUGUUCAGGAUCCUCGCUCUAGCAAGCCAGAUCAACUAAGGCAGGUACUCCUCGACAAAGACAUGGAAGGGGCUAUGAUGAAAAUAGGGAGUAGCUUUGGUACCACUCCGAGAACUUCACACAUGAACCAACAUGAAAAUGCAAAUACUGGUGCCUCAGCCGAGGAAGGUGGUCACUAUCCUAUGUCAGUUUCUGUUCCUGAAGGCAGGGUGCAUGGCGGAAGUCUGAUGGCAAUGUUGACGGCAAGUUCUGGCAGUGGUACAAGCAAUGGCAAAGGUCUAGCUGGUAUGGAUCCAUCCAUGCCAAUCAAAGGUUACAAUAUCAUGCCCCAGAGUUGGAUUUAA